UAGAAAUAUGCAUUUCCAUAAUACCACGUUUGAACUAAUGAAGUGGAAGUACAGAUGAAAACAGUCUGGAGGAAGCUUGAAGUACAGUACAGUUACGUUUAGUUUCCCAAUUCUGAGGAAAAAAAAAGUUGGAAAAGCUGCAGUAUCAUCUUUGCAGUCAGCCACCAGAUCUUAAAUCGGGCUUCGCUGAACAGGCCAAGCUUAACAUUUAUCAAGCAGCAGGGCCAGUUGCUUUGCACAGGAACGAUUAGAAGUGAACAAUGACUCGACUGAGAGUUUAUGAGCAAUUACUCGGAGCCUAUCUGCUUAUCAUUCUGCAUGUUCAAGGACAAAAUCAUGGCACAGGAAUGAAGACAAAUCCUGACCAAAAGAAACAGGCAGAUGGAGUAACACUCGCUCCCGAGGACACCUUACCCUUUCUUAAAUGCUACUGCUCAGGGCAUUGUCCAGAUGAUGCUAUUAAUAACACAUGCAUAACAAACGGGCAUUGCUUUGCUAUCGUUGAGGAAGAUGAACAUGGAGAACCUACGCUUGCUUCUGGCUGCAUGAAGUAUGAAGGUUCUGACUUCCAGUGCAAGGAUUCGCCAAAAGCCCAGCUGCGUCGGACGAUCGAGUGCUGUCGGACCGACUUCUGCAACCAGGAUCUACAACCAACGCUACCGCCGCUUGAUAGUACAGAUGGACUUUUUGACGGCAGCAUUCGUUGGAUGGCAGUGUUGAUUUCUAUGGCAGUCUGCAUAAUUGUCAUGAUCAUCUUAUUUAGUUGCUUUUGUUACAAGCAUUAUUGUAAAUGGGUGGCAAAGAGACGCUGUUAUAAUCGUGACCUGGAGCAAGAUGAAGCGUUUAUUCCAGCUGGGGAGUCAUUGAAAGACCUUAUUGACCAGUCACAGAGUUCAGGCAGUGGAUCAGGACUACCGUUGCUGGUUCAGCGCACUAUUGCCAAACAAAUCCAGAUGGUGAGGCAAGUUGGGAAAGGACGAUAUGGAGAGGUGUGGAUGGGCAAGUGGAGGGGCGAAAAAGUUGCGGUCAAGGUGUUUUUUACCACAGAAGAAGCCAGCUGGUUCCGGGAAACAGAAAUCUACCAAACCGUGUUAAUGCGUCAUGAAAAUAUCCUUGGUUUUAUAGCUGCAGACAUUAAGGGCACUGGCUCCUGGACACAGCUUUACUUGAUUACAGACUAUCAUGAAAAUGGAUCAUUAUAUGAUUUUCUGAAAUGCACUACACUAGACAACAGGGCUCUCCUCAAACUGGCCUAUUCUGCUGCAUGUGGUCUCUGCCAUCUACACACAGAAAUUUAUGGGACACAAGGCAAACCUGCUAUUGCACACAGGGACCUGAAGAGUAAAAACAUCUUGAUAAAGAAAAAUGGAACCUGCUGUAUUGCUGACUUAGGUCUUGCAGUCAAGUUUAACAGUGAUACAAACGAAGUUGAUGUUCCCUUGAACACUAGAGUGGGAACAAAACGUUACAUGGCUCCAGAAGUCCUAGAUGAAAGCCUAAAUAAAAAUCAUUUCCAACCAUACAUCAUGGCUGACAUCUACAGUUUUGGGCUGAUCAUCUGGGAAAUGGCUCGGCGCUGUGUCACAGGAGGUAUUGUUGAAGAGUAUCAGUUGCCAUACUAUGAUAUGGUGCCAAAUGAUCCAUCCUAUGAGGAUAUGAGAGAAGUGGUGUGUGUCAAACGCCUGCGCCCAGUGGUAUCCAAUAGGUGGAAUAGUGAUGAAUGUUUAAGAGCAAUAUUGAAACUAAUGUCUGAAUGCUGGGCCCAUAAUCCUGCGUCAAGACUUACUGCCUUGAGGAUCAAGAAGACACUUGCCAAGAUGGUGGAAUCACAAGAUGUAAAGAUAUGACAUAGCAAACUGACACUAGGGAGCAAAGCUGGACUCCUGGAACUUUCCACUCAAAUGUGGGUGAGAUCUAAGUGGGAAGAGGAAGCAACUGAGAUUCAGUUUUUUUCCUCACCACACUUCUACAGGCUGCUAAUUAAAUCUUUCAGUACUUCAUAGACAGUGAUGCUGAGAGCCUCCGCAUGCUACAUAGAUGGACAGCCUUGUUAAAAUACACGUUUCUUUUUUGUUUGAGCUGCAUUGAGACUUCGGUCAUACUUAGUGAGUCUCCAGUAAAACUCUGGGUACUGAAUUGAAUGUUCAGAUUACAGUGCUUUCUGUGAAAGCCUAACAAGCUAAAUGGAUUCAACAGAGAUGGAGAAUAUAAGCUUUUUUUGCCUUCUACCUGAUAAAAACUUAGUCAAUUCAUACCAAGUUUUUGUGAAACAGCCUGUAGGUUAUGGAUAUGUUUGUGAUACCGCUCAGUUUAACAGUUCCUUAUGCCUUUAUGUGUGUGCCAGGAUUAUUUUGCUGCCAUUUGGGAUGGAUAAGAAACCAUUUAAAUGAACAAAUUUCCAUGGUCAGGGCUCCGAAUACUUUGUGACUUCACAAUC